GACAUCGAAAUCACAGCAACAACCCCCAAUCACUCAUUACCAUCCCCGACCCCCGGUGAGCCCCAGAAAUCGCACACAUACACCUCCUACACCCAUGCUGAGUAGACUUCAGAUCUCGGAGACCAAACCCUCGCGAUCGGCUUCGGUUUCACGCAAAUUUCAACCCCAUUUCACCGGUCCCUCAGUCUCACUCCCUCCAAUAAAACACUUUCAAUUGGACUAUAUCCUCAAACACGUGCUCAAGGACGAGUCGCAGCAGACGGUAGACUGCCUUGUGGAUGUCUCGUCGAGGUACCGGAAGGAUUUGAAAAAGGAAAUCAGAUUGAAGCUCUCUAUAGAACAGCGACUACAGAACAAAAACAUCGAGGUGGCCAAAAGAGCCCAUUCCAUCGACACAGGCCUCCAAAAUGAAAUUACAUCCAUCUCCAAAACGUUGUACCAGGCGUCUGUUUCACGUGAUCCCGCCGGUGCGACCCUGGAGCGAUCCAAUAACCUUGAUGUUGAAGUCUUGCAAGUGGUUCAGAUGGCAGAGGAGAUUCUGCCCAAGUUCUUUAGUAUAACGAAGAAGGCUGCCAAGAUCGACGUUCAUUUGAAUGGUUCCGACGCUUUGACCAAGAAGGGCUCUUCACAGAGAGCAAAGUACCCGCUUCUAUACCAGUUCUUCCAUCCUGAGAUUCCUGAAGUGAAGAAAGACAAAAGUGCUCCACCCCAAACUCCAUCCCAAACUCCAUCCCAAAAUUCACCGCCAGUAUCAGCACCUUUGUCAUAUCCUCGUCCGGAGUCUAAUGAGCAUCACAACUUGAACACCUUGCCCUCUUCAGAACAACCCAUAACCAUAGACGAUAAGCCCAUGGACCCCAAAGCCUUUGAUGAGUUCAUGGCCCAAACUCUCAGCAACUACAGAAACCAGCAGAGCAAACGGUACGCCGGGACCGACAUCUUCAUGGAAGAACAGCAGAGAUUAUACGAUAGCACAGAGCUUUACAAUGGAACCCAUUUCUCAGGCUCUUCAGCUACAUCUUCAGCCUUCCACCAAUAUCAAGACCCUAUUGGAUUGCUCUAUGUGAUGCCACUGAUCUCGGCCAAGUCAGCUGCCACUGUUACUGAGAACUUUCAGACUUCACACUUCAAGAAACUCCGAAUAAACGGGUCUCCUAUAACCUCGGAGUCGUUCAGAAAAAGACUGCUCGUCCCUGAAGACUGUGAAUGCAAAUCUGAUAGGAAUGUUUUCAACAAGCCGUUGGAAGCAACAGCUUCCAAGUCAAGCUCGGCUUCAAUUAGCACCGAAGAAGACGUUCACAUUGAGCCAUUGAUUGUUUCAGACUCUUCAGACUCGGAUUCCAGUCACGACGACAACGCUGAAGAACCUCUCUCUGUCGCCACUAACGAGUACUAUUCAUCUCUACAUGAUGAUUACCGACUGAAGAAGAAAAAACAGAAGCGUCGUCUGUUGCAAAAGAGAAUACCACUGGUGAGAGCCUUUUCUCCUACACCAAAACACGAACCGUCUCAUCACAUUUUGAAGCCGAAGGCUUCUAUCCUCAAGCCGCUGGUGUACAAAGAUGUAUCAAGAGCUCUGAAACCGUCAAAGCUGUUACAAGAGUCUCCAGAUUCUAAAGUAUGGGACAGAGAAUCAUCACCACCUCCCCGUCUUCCCAUUAUCAACAACGACACCGUCAACUCCGUCAACAGCAUCACCGCCUUGGGAAUCAUUGUAAGAGAAGAUUCCAGUGAUGCCCAGUCUGAAAAUGACAGAGUCGUCGAAUGGAAUGGUCUACCUGAGGAGUCAGCCGUACAAAAGAAUGACAGUAUUAAAUCCCUUGACCGGCUUCGGUCGCUUGUAUUAUAACUACAUCAUGUCCAUAGACCCAAUGAUCAGAUCGAUGUAAACUCAUUAAAUAUCAGCACUAUAUCAUGGAUGAUGUGUGGAUCAGGUUAUCCAUACGUAGAAGAACCAUAAAAACACAAUGAAAAACACCACAAACCACAGCUUGCAGUUGAUACCUGCUCUCUCACUCAUCACCACCAUUCGGUUAUACGUGUUCUUCAACGUAACCUUACCUCUCUCCAUAUUCUCGGCUAUAUUGUCGUUUAACUUGAUUGACUUGUUUAUUUCACUCCCCAUCUUCACCCCCAAAUUCUUGAUCAUCGCCACCUUUUGGCUCAUAUUAUCCAAUUCCUCGUUGUUCUGCGAUUCCAACGACAGUAAAUAUGAUUCGUUGUGUUUGGCCGACGCAGGAGUCACUUUAUCGUAGGGAGACCCGACUCGUGAAGGUGUUUUGGUGAGGCCAUUGGCAGACGAAAACAACUGGGUUCUCAAGUCUCGCUGAUGGGUACUAGCCCCUGCCGAGUAUCUAUAACUCAUGUGUAGUGUUGUACAGAUGCAAUUUCUUACCAGAUGCCACUCACUUAAAAAGAACAAGUGCUCUGUAACUAUCAACAAUGACGCUUCGACUUAA